AUGAAUUUUUUAGGCAGUUCAAGUAUUAGCAUUAUAAACCCAUCACCCGAAUCGACUAUACGGUACAUAUACCAGGAAAAGUGUGGAAACGUUGGUCCAUACCAAAUCUUGCUGCUGGGUCUCUUUGGGUUCGCUAAUAUAAUAUCCUCGCUGCACUACUUUUCACAGACACUGAUUAGUUUCACGCCCUCCCACAGUUGCUCUGCACCAAAAGAAAACUUCCAACCGUAUUCAACUUCACUGUUGGCCUGCAGUGUCAUCCAAUACGAUGAAGAUCUGUCCUCUUUUCGGGACUACAAGUGCACCUCCUGGGAUUUCGAAAGGGAAAGCAACUACGAGAGCGUUACCACAGAGCUCGAGUGGGUCUGCGACGAUGCCUACAAACUGGCGGUGGGUCAGUCCUUCUUCUUUAUUGGCUCCGCCCUGGGCAGUAUAUUCUUCGGAUAUCUGGCCGAUCGCAUAGGACGUCUGCCUGCCUGCGUACUGUCGACCUUGACUGGAGCCUCUGGUGAUUUCUUCACCUCCUUCGUGGGAGAUCUACCCUGGUUCUCCUUCACCCGCUUUAUUUCCGGUCUCUCUAUCGACACUCAGUACGUCCUGAUGUACAUUUUGGUUUUCGAGUACUUGAGCCCAAAACACCGCACCUUCGGGCUAAACAUAAUCGUGGGAGUCUUCGAUUGCUUUGGCCUGAUGAUUUGCCCCUGGAUUGCCAUUUGGCUGGGCAACUGGCGGAGUUACCUAUGGGCAUCCUCACUUCCAGCCCUGGGUAUGCUGAUCUUCCCUGUUUGCCUCCAUGAAAGCGUCGAGUGGCUGUUAACUAAGGGGAUGUUCGACAAGGCAGUUAGCAAUCUAAAAAGCGUCGCUAAGUUCAACGGACGCCAAGUGGAAGACUAUGUUUUCGAUGAUUUUAUCAAGCACUAUAGCGAGAAGCUAAGAAGUUCUCUAAGGAAGUCCAAUGACACAUUUAUGGGCAUGCUUAGGACUCCCAGACUGAGAAAGUUUACAAUAAUUCUAUUGAUAAAAUCAGUGAUCGUCACGAUUGCUUUCGAUAUCCUGAGUCGUAAUGUGGAGGGCUUGGGUAUAUCGCCCUUCAAGCUCUUCUCCUACUCAGGAUUUGCCGUCUUGCCAGGUGGACUUGCCAUUAUCCUGUUCCAGAACAGGAUCGGACGAAAGGGCAUGGCCUGUGCCUCUCUGUUUGUGAGUGCUAUCAUUACGGCGGCCACUGGUUACUUGGUGGCUACCCUCGAUCCAGCGAACUAUUCCGUUCUUUUGGCAAUAAUGGUGAGCCUGGGAAGAUUCGGAGGGGUGGUGGCCUACGAUGCGGAGGCCCAGUACGCGGCGGAAAUCAUUCCAACCAGUGUGCGAGGACGUGGAGUGGCCAACAUCCAUGUGGUGGGCAACGCAUUCGCUUUCUUCAGCUCCUACGUAAUCUACUUGGGAACUUUCUACAGACCGCUGCCAUCUCUUCUGAUCAGCUUCGUUCUCCUAAUCGGCAGUUGUUUGUGCCUGGCUCUUCCGGAGACACUGCACAAACAACUUCCACAGACUCUCGAGGAGGGCGAGGUGUUUGCCAAGGGCGAGAAAUGGUAUUUCUUUCCCUGCUUUUCGCGCAGACAGCAAACAAAUAAUUCAGGAUCUCACUUGGAGUCAGCCAACGAAAUUACAAAGGAGUUACAAUAA